CUCUCUCUCUCUCUCUCAUUCUGUGUGUGUUUUUUUAAAGUGCCAUUUACAGAACCCUUUAUUACCCCUUUUGUUUUUUUUACUUAUUAUUAUAUAUUAUAUCUUUCUAUCUCUCUAUCUAUAUACACACACACACACAGAGACGUAUGUGUAUAUAAACGAUUCUUAAACAAGGGAAGGCAGAAGAGAGAAGGGUUUUGUACAAAGGCUGAAUGAUUCCAAACUAUGGCAGUGAAAUUGUGAGGUUGCUGUGUUAAACGGCUGGCUUGGGCUUGGGCUUGGCUGGGAAAAGUAAGUUUGAAGGUGAAGGAUGCAGCCUAUAAGGGAUUCAAUUCCAGGAAGCUUAAGCUGUGACUCACAUCCACGGCAAUGAAACCUGGCCCUGUGAAGGCAAGACGAGGCUGAACGAAUCUAGGAAGCUAAACAGAGCUACUGCAUGUCAAAACGUACAUCAUCCUUUUCUUGAAGCUGAGAACUGAAUACAAGCUAUUAUGAAUCAUGUGCUCUCCGAAUAGGAGGCAGCUGGUCCUCUUCAUGUCGCGCUAAGGUACAUCCCCAAACGCUGAAUCAUCCCACAGCACUUCACGAAUGUGGAUUAUUAUGAGGCAGUGACUUUGUAUAAAAUGGUGGCUCUUAAAGAAAUGGUUCCUCACUGAGCUGGAACAUCCCCCUCAAGAACUGUGUACAGUGGAGGAUCACUGUACCAUAUGGUCGCGUUUCAGAGGCCAUGAUGACAUGAAGUCACAAGGCAUCGUCUGACUUCUGAUAUCUCUGAGGUGUCGCAAGCAGAAACGGGGAAAAAAUGAAUGGAGGAAAGGAGUGUGAAGGUGACAGAGAUGGCGGGGGAUCGGCAAUCCAAGUCCCUAUUGGAUGGCAGCGACAAGUGGAUCACAAUGGAGUGCUCUACAUUAGUCCAAACGGCUCAGUGUUGGCCUGCAUCGAACAAGUUAAAACAUAUCUACUUACCGAUGGAACGUGCAAGUGUGGCCUGGAAUGUCCUCUCAUUCUUCCAAAGGUGUUCAACUUUGAUCCAGGAGCACCUGUCAAACAAAGAACUGCAGAGGAUGUCAAAGCUGAUGAAGAUUUGACAAAACUUUGUAUCCAUAAAAGAAAAAUCAUUGCAGUAGCUACACUACAUAAAAGUUUUGAGAUACCACAUCCUUCCCUGGUCCUAACCAGUCCAGGCGGCGGAACAAGCGGAGCUCCAAUGGUACAGUCACGAGCAGCAACUCCAAGAGCAAUGAGGAAUAAAUUGCAAGAAGUAGUGCCGAAUUCUGCAGUGCCAGACUAUAAUAAGAAUCCAUAUUUGCCUAAGUUAAUGAUGGGUGGCCCGAAUGCUAUGGUUCGGCUUUACCAACAGGAGCUGUGUGCAAGCCCCCAGCAAGAGCUGCAUACUGGUUAUUCUAGACAGAGACUGGGUAGCAGUGACCAUGGGCAGAAGUCUCCUUAUCGUGGAAAUCACGGUGGUCUAUCUAGUCCAGGAUCUCAGAUCUAUGGAGAUGGUUCUAUAUCCCCCAGGACCGAUACAAUGGGAAGUCCAGAUGUGUUUACAAGGAAUAACCCUGGCUUUCAUGCUGGGCCAAACUCCAGUCCCAUCCACAUAAAUCGAAUUCCCCUUUCCCCACCCACAGUCCUGAUGCAGAAUUCUUCAACCCAGUCGUCGUGUGCUAUGGCUGGUAGGACUUCUAUACCUCUUUCACCAACAAUGACUACAAAGAGCCCAGUCAUGAAGAAACCAUCUUGUAACUAUUCGUCAAACAUGGAUAUGCCACGAAUUAUGUUUCACAAACUUUCCCAAGGACCCCCAGCAUCAUGUGCUCUCCAGAAAAAGCCAUUGCCAUCAGAGAAGGAUCCAUUAGGUAUUCUUGACCCCAUACCUAGCAAAACGAACCCGGUAUUUAUGAACGCAUCGAAUUUCCAGACAACCAUGCACUCUCAGGUACCUAUGAUGAAUGUAAGCAUGCCUCCUGCUGUUGUCCCAUUGCCAAGCAAUCUACCAUUGCCAACAGUCAAGCCUGGCCCUGUUAGCCAUGGAACCCAUGUACCAAGGGUUCAGCAUUCAACUUCCACAUCUGUGUCUCCAACUCCGGUCACCUCCCCUGUGCACAUGAUGGGACCCGUCAUUGGGAGAAUCGAGGUCUCCCCACAAAGAUCAAGGUCAUCUUCCACAUCGUCUGAUCACGGAAACUUAAUGAUGCCCCCUGCAGGUCUCCAGUCAGGCUGUGGUGGAAUGAAGGUCCCUCCAAGGUCACCAAGGUCAUCUAUGGGUUCUCCACGACCAUCCAUGCCAUCGAGUCCAUCUAACAAGCCCGAUGGACUUCUUCAUCAAUACAAAGAUAACCCUAAUCCUUUGCUGGUCGGAAUGAGUAAUGUUUUAAAUCCUCAAAAUAAUCCUUUGUUUCCGUCUGUAUCCGUUGGAAAUGUACAACAACAAAAGAGUCCGCCAGGUUUGCUGGGAAUGCCCUUGAAUCAGAUUUUAAACCAGCAUAACGCUGCUUCAUUUCCAGCAAGCAGUUUACUUUCAGCAGCAGCCAAAGCACAGCUAGCUAAUCAAAAUAAACUGACUGGUAGCAACAAUGGUGGUGGAGUUGGCAGUGGUGGCAAUAGUGAAGGACACAGCACUUUAAAUACUAUGUUUCCUCCUACUGCCAACAUGCUUCUGUCAAUUAACGAAGGUCAGAGUGGACGGGCAGCAUUGAGAGAUAAGCUAAUGGCACAGCAGAAGGACCCUUUACGGAAAAGGAAGCAAGCGACCCCAACAGUAUUGAGUAUGCUUAAACAGUCUCAGAUGGGCAGCUCAGGAGUCCCAAAGUCUGUACCUGACCCUUUAAGAAAGCAAGGGCAAAGUUCAUCCUUAACUAUGAAUAACACCAUGUCUCAGUUACUUCAAUCCAUGAGUUCACAGAGUUCUCAAAUCAGUGGCAAUAGUACUGGUUGUGGUAAUUCCCCAACAGGUAUUCCUUGUUCCUCCAACCAACUUAACUUUGCAGACACCAAUCUGAACUCAGGUUCCGUUCGCAACCUAUCAGUUCAAACUUUGACCCGAGGGGAAGGUAUCUCUUGCCAAAAUACAAGCACUAACUUAAUCCAGAAUUGCCAGGGCCCAAACAGUCAAUUUGUUGAGUUAGUGGGACAGCUACAAACUAGUGGCAGUUGUGGGCUGCUCCACCAGUCUGCACUGACUUUGGGGAAUAGCUUGCAUUCCAACCCGUCUCAUUCAAGGAUUACAACAUCUUCAGCAGUAAUGGUACCAAACAGCAGUGGCAGCAUUUGUAGCCAAACCAGUACUGAAGCAGGAGGGCGGGAUGGUCUAUUCCAUGGACAUCUUCACAGACGUCAACGGUGUGCCAGGGUCAGCCUGUCAGGAGGUAGUUCUGGGCACUCAACUUCCAUGGCCGUUGCUGGCACCAAUCAACCCGCCAUAACCAAGACAACGUCCCUUCUGCAAGAUGGAGUUAUAGUUACAACAGCGGCUGGAAAUGCAUUGCGCGCUCAGCUUCCCAUGGGGAGCGCUCUUCCCUUCAUCGGUCAGGACCAAACGUUUCAGUUUGGACACACUGUCCCUACGAGUAGCAAUCUCACACACCCUCCGAACCCAAACCUUCUGGGCUCUCUGUCCAUCCCUUUAGCAAUGAACCAGCAGCAGCUCCUGAACCACAAUAUGCUGAAUAUGUUGUCUGCGUCAGGAGACGGAAAGGCAGAGGUAUCAGUCAACCCUUUGGGAAUUUUGAACCCAAAUCUAAACGCGGCUUUGACUUUGCUCCCCAGUGAUAUGGACGGACAGCCUCUUCAACCUGUUCAACUUCUGGCAGCCUUGUUUCAAAACCAGGCCCAAGCAACCAUGCUUCCCCUGACGUCCUUAAAUCUAACUCUCCCCGAACUAUUACAGCAGCAAAGUAACCCUUCACCCUCAGUGACACAAAUCCAACCCUUGCCAGAUUAUCUGCAUAGCAAUCAGUCCAUGAGCCACAGAGCAGAAACCCUUCUGACCAACUCUCUGGAAAAUCCCUUACCAAGUCUUUCGGGCAAUGACACUACAGCACACUCUCUCAUCCUCCCAGCACCCCCUGGACUGAUGGCCUUGAAUCCCCAGCUUUUAAGAAGUGUUCUCCGCUCCCCCUCCGAUGGUGCUGCUAAUCAUCAUGAGGUUUCUCGAGCAACCUCAUCCCAGGCAACCACUACCAAUACUACUACUACAUCAGCAGUGGCAACACUUGCUGUCUCAACUCUUGGCAGGACAGCAGUUGUGUCAAUGGCAGAAUCACUGCUACCCAUUUCAGCUGCUGGGAAUACAACGGGACCAACUAAGCUCAACAACUCUGUGGUGCCGCACCUCCUUAACCCAUUGCUGGGAACCAGCCUUCUCGGUGAUGUAUCUUCAUUAAACAACAGUUUGAAUAACCCACAGUUGAGCAGUCUCCAGACCUUGAUAAACAACAACCAGAUGUUCUCUCAGAAUCAUCAUUCGCUUCUACAAGGUCUACCCGGGUCCCAGGGUCUUCAGGGGUUUCAAAGUCACACUUCAUAUCCUGGCCCAACAAACCAACCAAACCCAAUGGCCUGUCUUUUUCAGAACUUUCAGGUGAACAUGGCUCAAGAUGGCACCCUUACAAACAAGCCUGUCAAUUCCCACCCAGGGCCAAUGCCGCUCCCUGAGAACUCCAACCCUGCUGGCUCUACGUUCCACAAUCCGUCUGGUGAUAAAUAUCGAACUGAGCAGGCUCAAAGUCAGCAAGCCCGAGAAGAGGUGCCAAGCGUAGGUCCCAACGAUCCUUCCGUGGACGCCAUCUAUAAAGCUGUGGUGGAUGCUGCAAGCAAAGGAAUGCAGGUGGUGAUCACCACAGCGAUGAGCAGUACUUCCCAGAUGAGCCCAAUCCCAGCCCUGAGUGCCAUGAGUGCCUUCACUGCUUCCAUUGCAGACCCUGUGAAUCUAUCCAACGCAGUCAAUGCGGUGAUUCACGGGAAAAGACUCUCCGGCCUGGAGAUUGACAGCCGGAACAACAGUCAAAACAGCCUGGCAAACAGGCACGUCAGAGGGGUAAGGUUGAGAAAGAAUUCCGAGCAAGUGAAAAACACUCACGAAGGGGAAGGGUUUGAGUACUUUAAAUCGCCGGGCCGCAAUACCCCGAAAAAACAAUGGGAAGUUGAGCAAAUUCCAGUUCACGACGGAACGGUGUGGAAAUGCGAGAAGUUUCUUGAACACUCUGGCCACGUAAAUCACAGUCCUUCUGCAGACCGACUCAAUAGUGCCUCGAUCCUAUCUUCUCUUCAUGGCGGGGAGCAAGCUGACUUAGUGUUACAACAGAAAACCUGUCAGAUAGACAGAAGAUUUCUCGAGGACAGCUUCAGGUUCAGCAGUCAGAAACAACACAUCAUCAACAUCAAAGAAAGGUUAGAGAACACUGUGGAAAGAUGCACGCACGUCAACGGGAACAGGUCUCAGCAGAACAGGAACUUUGGUGAGUUGCUACCGGCCCCAAAACAGGAACUGGCCAUGGAGGAGCAGUCACCGAGCUCUUCAACCAGUCUGGAGGGAAUGCCGGGUUCUUUGGCACAAGACUACAUUCAGUUUAACGGAGAUUACAAUUCAGAACACAUCAACGGAUGUGCCCCAAGUCCUUCAGACACUAAAAGCAUCAGCAGCGAAGAUGACUUGAAGCACCCAGAUUCUCCCUCCAACGACCUGAUACACUAUAGGCCAAGGACGUUUAAUGUUGGCGACUUGGUCUGGAGCCAAAUCAAAGGGUUUCCUUCGUGGCCUGGAAAACUGGUGCGAAAAGAUGAAGUACACAAUUCCUGUCAGCAGAACACUGAAGAGGUCAAGGUGCAGCCUACGAAGCUGAAGACGCUCUCCGAGGGUCUGGACGGGCAGCACAGAAUCAGGAAGAGCAACUGGAAACCCACCAGCCUCCGCAAAAGGAAAGACAAGUCAAGCCACCAAAAGCCAAGAGGCGAAAAAUCUCUAGAUAACGUUGAAUAUCUGUCUCACCAAUGUAGACCAAUAGGGUGGAACUGUAUGUAUAUAUAGAGUCUUAAUUAUCCACAAUGCUGCAAGGUGCUAAAUGAACAGUGGUAAAGUGUUUCUUCAAUCAUGAGGCUAAAUUAUAUGAUGGGUAGCUCCUCAGAACCUUUGUGAGAGAUCAUGAUUACAGUUUGUCUACUGCUUGCCUAGAAAGUGACAUUUUCUACAGCCCGAAACGAUCAUGAAUAUCAAAAUCCGAAGACAGUCCAAAUGUUUCUGGCGAAUUGUCAUAACUGUAUAUAGAUAUGCAAAAUCUCAUGGUAUAUCAGAAACUGUAAAUAUUGUAUAAAAAUUGUCAUGUACAAGCAUACUUAAUGCACACUUUAUCUUUUAUUGUACAAAAUAGUGUACAAAAUUCUUUGGUUUCUAUUGAGUACACAUACAAGAGACUACCAGUGUAAAGAGGAUAAAUAAAAUGCAGCUUAAAGCUUUUAUAUGUAAGAUGCUGUUUUUGUAUUUAACAGCAGACAAGGCAUGGUUAUGUGAUAACUUGAAUAUGGCAGACACUUCACACCGCCAAUGUUCAUUUCUAUUCCGUUUAGAAUUCUGUCCUUUGUGCAAUGGCAUGGAGGUCCUCUAAAGUCCCACAUGCAAACCCCCAUGUAAAAUGAAGCCUCUUUCUUGCCCGUCUCUUAUUCUCCCACCUUUUUUGUUCUGAAUUGCCGUGUUCUGUUUUUCGAUGGUAUUAUUGUCCCAUGUUUUUCUCAACCCCCCCCCACCAGCAGAUUUGCUGGUUUCAUGUCAAAACAAAUGUUUUAUUCAUCAAAGACGGGCGUUUUCAUAUUUAGUUUUGCGUUUCUUUGCUUUUCCUCUCCUGAAUUUGUCUUGUAAUAAUCGACUUUGCUCUUUUUUGUUUUGACAUUUAACAAAUUGAUUUGUAUUUUUUUUCACACGUGUGUGUGUAUACUUUACAUUAGUACAUUAUGUAAAGUAUUUUGUGCACUUGAUUUUAAUUGGUUGAUGGCAUUGAUGUGGGUGCUAGGAGUAGUUUGUUCCAGUCCAUAUAAAUUCUCUUUAGGGUUUUAUGGUUUCAUGUAAAGGACAGUAAUUGUAAAUAUUGUGAGCAUUAAAAGGUCGUGCAGUCGUAACAUUUUUAAGAAUGUUGCACCUACUUUACAAUUAAAAACUGGUCACUCAUACUUGAA